UGCCAGAAUGAGGAAAUCGGCACCGAUGUCCCCCAGUAAGAAUCCUUCUUUAUCCCAUGACAGUGCUUCGGUAUUUACUGCCGGCGACGACUGUGCUAUUAAUGAACUGCUUGAGGGGUGGAUGGAACUUGACGUAUUUCUUCCGGAUGGUAGAAAAAUCCGAACAACAGUGGAAAGAAGAACACCGAUGAUGGAUCUUCUGGUGCAAGUGACAACAUCCAAUAAGAUCAGUCCAGCAGGUCAUGUGAUCCAAAUUCUCACGGACAGAGGAAAGAUAAUUCAAUACAAACCCAACACUCCUAUUGGAUCGCUAGACUCCACCGUCAUCUAUAUUGUGCCUAAAAGUUCUAUCCUGCAACCAACAAUAAAGAGAAUGUCAAAAAUUCCAAGUCAACCAUUUGAG